CUCUUUCCUCCUCUUUCCUCCCCUCCCAGCCUCCCUUUGAUGGUAUUGAUGAGGAGGAGUUGUUUCAGUCCAUCAUGGAGCAGAGUGUCUCCUAUCCCAAGAGUCUGUCCCGUGAGGCCGUCGCCAUCUGCAAGGGGCUCCUGACCAAGCACCCAGCGAAGCGACUGGGCGGAGGGGAGGAGGGGGAGAAAGAGAUACGGGAGCAUCCCUUCUUCCGUUGGAUGGACUGGGACCGACUGGAGAGAAUGGAGAUACAGCCUCCCUUCAAACCCAGAACUGGUGGGAAGAAAGGGGAGAACUUUGACAAGUUCUUCACGGCGGCUCCGUCCGUGCUGACACCCUCUGACCCUGACGUUCUGGCGGCCAUUGACCAGGAAGACUUCCUGGGCUUCUCCUUCAUUAACCCUGAGCUCGCCCCCCCGACCCUCACUGCCAUCUGAGGGGGGGCAGCUCUCUCUCUCCACCCACACUUUUUUGAAGGGCACAACUCUGUUUCGCUCUACUCUCCGCUCUUUCGGAGGGGGCAGCUCUCUGUAUUUUUAUCCUCUUCUCUUGGUCUGAAGGGAGCAGCUCUGUCUCUCUCUAUCCUCUCUGUUUGAGGGGGAGGGAGCAGCUCUGUCUCUCUCUAUCCUCUCUGUUUGAGGGGGGAGGGAGCAGCUCUGUCUCUCUCUAUCCUCUCUGUUUGAGGGGGAGGGAGCAGCUCUGUCUCUCUCUAUCCUCUCUGUUUGAGGGGGGAGGGAGCAGCUCUGUCUCUCUCUAUCCUCUCUGUUUGAGGGGGAGGGAGCAGCUCUGUCUCUCUCUAUCCUCUCUGUUUGAGGGGGAGGGAGCAGCUCUGUCUCUCUCUAUCCUCUCUGUUUGAGGGGGAGGGAGCAGCUCUGUCUCUCUCUAUCCUCUCUGUUUGAGGGGGGAGGGAGCAGCUCUGUCUCUCUCUAUCAUCUCUGUUUGAGGGGGGAGGGAGCAGCUCUGUCUCUCUCUAUCCUCUCUGUUUGAGGGGGGGGGGGAGCAGCUCUGUCUCUCUCUAUCCUCUCUGUUUAGGGGGAGGUAGCAGCUCUGUCUCUCUCUAUCGUCUCUGUUUGAGGGGGGAGGGAGCAGCUCUGUCUCUCUCUAUCAUCUCUGUUUGAGGGGGGAUGGAGAGCUCCCCCCACAUUCCCCUCACUGUCUAACAGUCAAUUUCUAAAGAAAAUAAGUUCAAAACAGAGAAUAGCACACAAUUUAAACACAAACAAUCAGUAUACACAACCUACAGAUAACUCUCCCUCUCUGCUAUACUCUAGAGCCUGGGUUCAUGGCUUAUUUUUCAGAGGAAAAUCUGUGUGAGGGCAGAUUAGCAGUAAAAGUCAAAUAACACAUUUAGUUGAUCCAAUGCAUACAAAACAACAUUACUUUUAUUUAAAGUUGAUGCAGUUAUUAGCAAACAGAUACUGUAAGAUGACACUGAAUCUGACUUAAAUCUAUAGUGAUUAUAAGGUAAAUGUAUUUUAUGACAUGGUAUCAUGCUAUUGUAGUAUCACUAUCAGAUGUAUUACAUAGAAAUACAGUUAGAGCUGUCUAUAUCCCAAAUGUAUAAUCUAUUACUUAUGAAAUUAAUUACCUCUGAUAUUAUGUGAAGCAGUAUUUCUUGUGUCAUGUAAUAUCAUAUUGUGUUCUAUUACAUUGUUCUAUUAUAUUAUUACCAAAAAUUGCUCCUUGUUUUGUGUUUCCAAUUUAACUUCAAUUCAUUGAUGAUAUAAUUGUGAUAUAUAGCUAGAAACCUAGAAGAUGGGUAAAAAAUCAAAUCAAUCAUUAUAUAUUACUGCUUGAAGAAAAGUUGCUCCUAAUCAGUGAUCUGGGAUCAGAUUCCCCUACCUACCCCCAGUCCUAACUUUAACCAUUAGACCUGAGGUGAAUGGUAACCAUUCAUGAAAAUGAAACCAUCUAACCCUGUGUUCUGCGGUUAAGGGUGACUUUAACUAACUACAUGAUUACUUACUCUCCCAUCUCCAUCAACAAAUAAAAUAUUUUCCACCAGAUAUGAAGACUA